AUGUGCGAAGAGGCGUGUUUUAUUAAACCUGGUCCAGACUGGCUGCCGAGACUCAUGGUGAUAGAUGGCUGCAACAUUGGAAGAAGUGCUUGUGGCAUGGGCAGAGAAGCUGUGAAUUGUGCUGGACUAAUGGCGGUGAUUCGAUGGUUGCUUGUACGAGAUUUCGAUGUGGUAGCAUUCCUUCCGGUCGUCUACAAUAACUCACACAAUUUCAACGCCGUUCACGUACAUCUGUUAGCGAAAUUGGAGGAGCUCGGCCUUGUCACGUUCACUCCCGCUAGAACUGGACGAGGAGAGCGAAAAGCUUUCAUCAAUUAUGACGACCUAUACGUCACUACACUGGCAGCUCGUCACGGUGGUUGUGUUUUGAGUGGUGAUAAGUUCAAAGACAUCCUUGCGCAGCCAACCUACAGUGAAUUUCAUCCCGUUAUCCUCAACCGAACGCUGGAUAUCAAGUUUCGAUUUCUGCCACACGAUGUUGUACAUCACGGGAUCGAUGUCUUCUAUAAAGCCCUUCCAGAACUGUUCAUAUAUGAGGACAUGACAAUACGAGCAUCGGUAAUCGCACAGAAGAUAUUUGCCAGUCCUGAUGACCCGGAGUUUUCAAAAGUGCUACUUCGCCGAGAAUCAUGGAGCGAAAAGCGAAAGGAGGAGCGGAUCAGUGCUAUAGAUGACAUGAUGGCAGAGCUGUGUGAACGGAAUGCUAUUCGUCCACUGGCCCUUGAAAACUUGCCUGGUUAUCAAAUGGAGCCAUUCGGUGGAUUCUGUGAAGGAAUCGAGGACAUCUUUGGUGGCCCAAACACGCUCAAUCCAGCUGAUUUCGACUCGAGGACAACUGGCGCAAUUAUGGACGACCUGUGGAUAGAUACCGUUCCUCCGACGAUAGACCAGGCCGAAGCCGUCGCCGAUUUUUCGCUAAUAGACUUCUCCGAUAGUUUCACACCGUUUCCGAGCCAAAGCUAUCCCGCAGAGCCCACUGAACCGCCGUUAGAUCCAUUCGAUGUACUACCUACUACCAGCAGCCAGAAUAGUUGGGAGAGUUAUCGCUCGGAUGGCAGCAGUAAUCAAAAAUCUUUAAUGGAUGAUGAAAAUGGACAGCUGAAGAACGCUUACAGCCAGGAGGAUGUUCUUCAGGAGAUUGUAGCCCAUAUCGAUACGCUGAUAACGACAAGAGAUCGCCUUUCGCGGAGGGAUCCCGUUCAAGAACAUCAACGUUCCAUGACAGAACUGAUCUCGUUCUUCGAGGAUCCCCCAUCAAAUGAACCGAAAUUCCAUGGCGAUUCACAAGGUGGACCGAAUGGGACGUUACAAGGGCUACGGUCACGGAAUGAUAUUAUUAAUGUGACGGAAGGUUUCUGCGUUGGCCUACAACGGCCAACAAAUAAUGCAUUUUCAGAAGAAGAAAUUAGCUACAAUCCCACACCUCAUGAUGAAGACGUCGACAUUAAGAAGGCUGUUAUCGAUUCUCAAAUAGAAACCGUGUUGUCGUCGAUCUUCCCGGCUGACAUUGUCCAACAAGUACUGGCCGUGAAUGCCAGCCGGAAUGUCGAUUUCCUAGCAGAUCAAUGUGCUGAAAUGUGCGUGUGA